AUGCGCGUUGUGGUGCAGCGUGUGGUGGAUGAGGGUGUCACUGUUGUGUUGAUGACGGAUGACCACGUGGAAAUCAAGUUCCCAUUGGCCCUACUCCCAGGCACAAUCACCGUGGGUGACGUGUUGAAUAUUGACAUCUCCCACACCAACACAGGCCUCCUCCAACAGGUGCAUGCGCUGCAAGCAUCUCUGUUGGAGGACAACUGA